AUCAUCUCUACAGCGCAUGCGUGUUGUCCCCCAGCGCCUUACCGAGCUUGGUUUGCUGCGAUUGUUUCGGGGCAGCGUUUCUCCGAGAGGUUAAGGAAUUUGUGGAAUAAUUUCGUUAUGGCCAGGUACCUUCGGCCUCCAAACACUUCGCUCUUUAUCAGAAAUAUCUCUGAUGAAUCCAGGUCUGAGGAUUUACGUCGUGAGUUUGGUCGUUAUGGACCAAUAGUAGAUGUCUACAUUCCGGUUGACUACCAUACUCGCCGAGCAAGAGGAUUUGCAUACAUUCAGUUUGAAGAUGUGCGAGAUGCUGAGGAUGCACUUCACAACCUGGACAGGAAGUGGGUCUGUGGCCGUCAAAUUGAGAUCCAGUUUGCUCAGGGGGAUCGGAAAACACCAGGACAAAUGAAGACCAAAGAAAGGAGAUCCCCGCGGAGUUUUUCUCGUGAUGAUUGUGACAGAGACAGACGCAGGCGUUCCCGCAGCAGGGGUUAUGAACGGAGAAGGUCUAGGAGUCGUUCUUGUGAACGAAGGCCAAGGAGGUCUGAAAGUCCCAGAGACUACAAUAGCAGAUCCUAUGGAAAACACAGACGAAGCAGAAGCCCUGAAAAUGACAGGUACAGACGGCACAAUCACUCUUACAGCCGGUCAAAUUCUAGAUCUAAAUCUCAUUCCAGAUCAAGAUUGAAAGCCAAGAAGGACUCCAGGGCUAGAUCACAUUCAAGAUCAAAGUCCCACACCCCUCCCGGAGAGGGCUUUCACCUGGCACCAAAAUCCCGGUCAAGAUCUAAAUCUCAGAAGGAUUCCGGAUUGAGAUCGCCAUCAGGAUCUCGAUCCAGAUCUCAGUCUAGAUCGCGUUCCAGAUCCAGGUCAUGGGCUGGUCGGAAAUCUGGUGGCCAUUAGUUCGCUUUCCUCAAUAAUGGCUUGCAUAAUGUAUGGCUUUGUGUUUUUAUUUGUUUGGGUUUUUUUUUUUUUUUUUUUUUUUUUUUUUUUUUUUAAUUGAUGCAAGUAGUGUAAAAUGCUUUUGACAUCCUGCACCAGAUUGCCCCAUAUAGAUCAGUUGCAGCAGAAUUUUUUUUUUUUUUUUACUUGUUUUAGUCUGAGGUAUUGCUUUUCAUGUUUCAGCAUCCAGAGAAGUGGGGCAACUAACCAAGUUGCAGUAAAAAACUUUUCAGCUCCCACGAAUCUAAAGCACACAUUUACGGCAUGCUACACUAAAGUAUUAUAGUGAUCAACUUUGUUUUAUAAAUAUUUCUACUUUUGUGUAAAUAUAACUCAGAAUAUUCUUAGAGGCCUCUCGGAUUGGUGUUUUCCAUGGGUCAUCUAAAGUAUUUUGCAGUUUUACCUCGUUUCUUUUUUAUUCUUGCUAUUGCAUCUGGUCCAUAAACAACCGGGAUUAGUGUCUUCCAGUGAAAGUAAAAUCCCCCCCCAAAAAGUAAUUGUGUGCCCACCUUGGUAUUCCUGAAAUGGUAAUCCUUAAAUUACUUGUUUUGUUUUUGUGGUUAAGAGUCUUUGUAUAUGGACCUCGUAAAAGCAGUUUGGAAGUUUUAAAGUGAAUUUGUUAUUAAAAUGCCACACUCUGUGCUGAAACCAUAAAUAACUGCUGGUCCUAGAUGAAUCUCCAACUGGCAGUACGAAGAUUCAAUCGCAACAUAAAGAAAGUAUGCUGUAUGACAUGGUAAAAUAAGUAUUUUUAAAGCAGCUGGAUACUAAUUUUGAUAACCUGUAUAAAGUGAAAGUGUAUUUUGUUUUGGUUUUUGCUAAAACUCAGAAUGCAUACAUGCACAUUUAUGUUCUUUCUAAAAGGUUUGUAAAUACCUGUGGUAGAAGUCUCAAGUUUAAGGAAACUGUUAAGAUUUUGUAGUAACUACAUUCUGUAAAGGUCUGCUUGGCAGUGGUUUAUAUGCAUGCUUCCUCUUGUCUGGUGUUGUCUUUAUGAAUUUCUACUGUUUUGGUUUAAAGUUGUUUGGGGGAACAAAAAAAAGAAAUGUUCUGAAGCAUCAUGUAAUUGAAACACUGGUGUAUUCUGUCACAUUACAUAAAAAAUUCAGUCUUGCAUAGCUAUUGAAGUUCAUUCUAAAUAGUGAGGGGGGAAAGAUGGUCAUUGGAUUACAGAAUAAGUAGUAUGGUUAGUAUAGUUAUGCAGGAGCUACACAGAUGUUUGCUCUCUGGUUUUACAGACCCAGAUUAGAAUUAGUCUUAAUAUUGGCCCUUAUCAUGGUUUGUGAAACUAGCAGAAAUAGUCUGAAUAUUUUUAACUUUUUCAUCUUCUAAAGCGUCGAAGCCAGUAGUUGACCAUUUUUGUUUGUGGCUUCAUAUCCAAGUAAAAAUCAGUUUAUUUUGUUGUGGCUUUAGUUUGACAACCAAAGAUUGUCAGAAACUGGUUGUCCAGUGCGAUUUGUUUGUAAAUGCUGUUAAGUGUCUUGGUACUGGUCAUACUAUCACUUCUGGUAUUCCAAGAUUUACUUUUGAAUCUAAUAAAAUAUGGUGAUGACAUUUUCCUGUUUUUUUUUGUUUUUUGUAGGAUUAUUUUAUCUUAUCUGAGGUUAUUUGGAUGCUGUCAGUCAACAAUUAUGUGAUCAUAUGGGAAAUAAAAUCUAUAGUACGUGCCAUCAAAACCCUGAAAAAAUGUGUUGCACUCAUUAUGAAACACUUGAGAAAACCACACUGCUACGUGAACCAUAGCUUUGCAGGGGUGUAGCAACAGUUAUGUGAAUAAGAAAUUUAUAUAAAAUUGCUCAUUGCCAUCCUUUUUUGAGGAAUUUGGUUCACCCAGGUGAAAUAUUUAUAUUGUCUUUUACCAAAUGUAGGACUUUAGGUCUUUUACCCUUUAGAACUUGUGCCAAGGAAUGGUAAAGCUUCAUCAGAUGAAAGGCACACCUAAAGUCAACCUCAGCUAUCCUGACUGGUGGAUAAUUCAACACCUUAACUCAAUUCCAGUCUUGGUCCUGGAUUUUUGUCCCUAUAAAAUAUAUGCAUUCUGUCCCAUUAAUUUGACACCAUGCUUUACUCGUAACUCGAUACUGAUUACCAGUACCGAAGUGUUAAAAACUGUUAAUGACUAGUGGCUAACUUGAUUCUGUCAUUUUAUGUGUCUGACCUCUGAAAGGAAACAGAUCGUUAGUUCAUUCGCAACCAAGAGGUGCAGCUGAUUACAGUAUCACUUCACAACGAGCAGCGUAAACUUAAUUUCCGUUCAAUUGGCUUUAAAGCUUAGGUUAUUCGUGAUAUUGCUGAAAACAAGAUUACAGUUAGUGCCGCUGCUGACAAAUUUAGGGUGCCCAGAACCAGAGUGAUUUCGUGGCUUAAUCAGGAGAAAAAACUUCUUGGUGCAUGUUUUUGCAUGCAAACCAAAUGACAAUGCUUGAUUUCCUUAAGAAACUGCAAGUUGUAAUCCUUGCUAUGUUCAACUGUGAUGGUUAUUGUUUUUUUGUUUACUGAGUUCAUUCUGUAUAAUUUACAUUUGUUAACGUUUGCAAUUUAGCGAUUAGGCAGUACAGCAGCCAAUAACUAAAAGUACAGUGCAGUUUGUGGUUGGAUUAUUUUCAUAAAAAUAAUACUAUAGUUAUUUAAUUGAUUCUUGUUCCAAAAUACUGAUUGGCCACAGUUAUCUUUGCUGAUGUGGCAUGUGCUUCAGUGGAACUCUGCAAGUCGUACUGAGUUUGUACAAUACUGUACUUUAUAAUGUGUUUAAAUUGGCAGAAGUUGACUAAAAAUAAACAUGUAACUGUAACUGGCAGAUAUGAGUUGUGUUACUUACGGUAUAUGCAUGUUAAUACUGUGGUUGAUGUGCCACCCGUGGUUUACUGGACCCCUCUGAUAAGUCAAUAGUAAAUGGCACCCCCCUGGGGUAUUAUGCAUUUGUUUUAAAAAAAAUAUAUAUAUAUAUAUAUAUAUAUAUAUAUAUAUAUAUAUAUAUAUAAAAUCUACAACUGAUUACAAAAACUUAAACAUUAUCCAGCACACAAAAUUGCAGUCUACCGUACGUAGGUUGCUUUUCUUCGACCAUUAUUUUUCCAGUUACAGUUCACACUUUGGAAAUGUCAUGGCAAUAGUGGAAUGCAACCAAAGAAUUCAAUACAGGAAAUACCUUCUGUGUUACUUAUUUUUACAGACAGGAUUUUUUUUGCAGCAAAGGCAAGUACUCCACCCAGACUUAAAUUUGGUUUUGUUAAUAGGUCUCAAACAUUGCAUGGCCAUGUUAAAAGUAGCAGCAUAUGUUUGAUGUCUCAUUAGGCAAGCAUACAAGUAAUGAGAAGAUUGAUGUACUUAUGUAUACAGUAGGUCAUCUUAAGAGUCUUAAAAUGCAUGUUUAUGGAUUUAAGUGAAUUCUUAAAUGGCACUUAUUUAGAAUUAAGUCUUUAAUUUGCUUUACUAAAUGAAUGAUUUAAGUCAUCAUAAAACCUUUAACUUGCUAAAUUAGUACCACCAGUCACAUAGUCAAUACAUACCUAUCAAACAUAUUCUAAUAUGAUAUAGAAAAAAAAAUUAAAUGAAAAUACACAACUGUUAGGGGGAUAAGGGGUUUUAUUAUUUACUUUAGCAGUCAAUUAUUCAAUUCAUUGUGUGAGAUUUCAAUUCACAUUUUAAAUCACUAAUUCAUUUUCAGGGCACAAGCACGUACACAUGAUGUCAGAGUUAAAGGGAUCCAAAUUAAAAGCCAAUUAUUUUUAAGCGCAGCCAAUUGAAUAUUUCACAGUUGAAGUUAAAUGAAAGCUGCCAGUUAAGGGCUGUAUGUUUUGUAUGUAUGAACUGAUUAAAUAAAAACAUUUAAGCAAAGUAUGUCAGUUAAGAAUAUAUUAAUUUUUUUUUUUUUUUU